AUGGGUCCUCCCAAUUGCAGAAAAUUAUUUACUGGUGUUCGCAAUAGUGAUGGCAAAUUGACCCAAAUUUCUAGCAUUGAAAUACCCUUUUGUCAUUCUCGGAUAGCGGGCUUCUGUAAUGGCAUGUUCUGCUUUGCUAGUUAUCUGAGCAAUUGUAAAGAUUUAAUAUAUUUGUGGAACCCGAGCAUUAGGAAAUUUAAGAUGCUCGAUGGUACUAGCAUCUCUGACACACGUAUUGCUCUUGGACUUGCAUAUCAUUCUGAAAACAAUGACUUCAAGAUUUUGAGAAUUGGAGAAAAAUUGGAGCCGGCUGAGGCCGAAGUUUAUACAUUGAGUACAGAUUCAUGGAGAAGGGUUGUCAUAUCGGUGGAGGGACGUAAUGGAUCUAUUGAUGGUAUUGAUGAUUCACCCUGUGUAUUUUUUAAUGGAGCUCUGCACUGUAUAGCAUAUAAUGCUCACAAAUUCAUUUUGUCAUUUGAUGUCAAUGAGGAAAAAUUUGGAGAGAUAAUGCUGCCACAGAAUUACUUAGAUGAACUUGAUGGAUAUUUAGAUGGAUUUUCUCAAAAUCUUACGGUGUUUAAGGGAUCAUUGGCAUUGAUUGUUUUCGGUAAGGCUCGUGUUCGAAAUAGUAAUAAGUGUCACAUAUGGGUGAUGAAGGAGUAUGGUGUCGUUAAGUCUUGGACUCAAAAGAGUUUAGCUGUGGGUUGGGUUGACAGCUUCUAUGGCUGCACUGACGAUGGUGAACUUCUCAUUGAGAAGCGCAAUGGGCUCCUUCUUUCAUUUGAUCCUGAGAGUCUGAAAAAGAAUAGUCUUGGAUUUCAAUUUCCUACAUGGGUAGGUUUCACAAGUAAUUUUAUGGAGAGUUUGGUUUUACUCGAAUAG